AUGGCCUCUCCCGCUCCCCUCCGCAUCGUCUUCGCCUGUGACGAGGCUGGCCAACCCUACAAGGAAACCCUCAAGGCCGCUCUGGAGAAGAACCCCCUGGUCUCCGAGAUCCUCGAUGUCGGCGUCAACUCCACCUCCGACAAGACCGCCUACCCUCACCCCGCCGUCGCCGGCGCCAAGCUCAUCAAGGAGGGCAAGGCGGACCGCGGCCUCUUCAUCUGCGGCACCGGUCUGGGCGUCGCCAUCUCCGCCAACAAGGUGCCUGGCAUCCGCGCCGUCACCGCCCACGACUCCUUCUCCGUGGAGCGCUCCAUCCUGAGCAACGACGCCCAGGUCCUCUGCUUCGGCCAGCGCGUCAUCGGAAUCGAGCUCGCCAAGAAGCUCGCGAACGAGUGGGUGACCUACCGCUUCGACCCCAAGAGCGCAUCUGCCGCCAAGGUCCAGGCCAUCUCCGACUAUGAGGCCCAGCUGGCUGGUGCCCAGUAA